AUGAGCAAGAAGGUGGAAGUGGAGCUUGAUGGUGGAAAGAAGGUUCAACUGAUGCAGACGAAUGUCAAACCUCGGGAGAGCGAGCCCGAGGCUUCCACUGAGGAGCUUGGCCCAGAGAAGUCAGUCGCCGAUGGCCGAAAUCUCUUCAGAGGCUCCUCUCACAGCUGGGAGGGCACUGGGCGGUUGCAGCCGCAGACUUCUGUCGCGAUUACCAGUGGCCGUCAUUCAGGAGAAACAGGCACCAUCAGCAGCAUCACAGAAAAUAUGUAUCACAUAGAGCUGGACUCUGGCGGAACGGCGUGCGUGAAGCAAGCUUUCGUCAUUACCUUAGAUCGCGGCCGAGCUGGCCGUGGUGGCCAAGCAUUCCAGCGAGUGUCUGGCUUCUCCGAGAGCGCUCUGCCAAUUGACACCACCGGAGAAGCACCGUUGGCUCAGUGGCUUUGGAGUGGCAUCAAAACCAUCACCUUUCAGGCACCCCACGAGAAGGAAGAAGAAUGCUUCAUCAUCUGCUACUUCGGACAACGUCGAUUGCCGCCUCUGGAGGAAGCACUAUCACGAUCAAUCAAAAAUCCACCGUCAGCGACACCGGCGCGGACUCUUGGGGGGCAGGAGUACCACCUGCUGUCCACCAAAGUUCUAGACGACGGCACUCAGUUCUGGGGCGGCAAGAAGAAGAAGCUGCGCAUGAUGUAUGUGGCGCAGGGCGAGCACUCACUUCAACACGAGCUUGAACGUCUGGCUGAUUUCGCUUCCAUUCCGCUCUCAUGCAAGAUUGCGGCGAGAUUGGAGCUUAUGCAAAGCGCAGGUACCGUCUACAAGUCAACCGCUGAACACUUCGAGGAUAUUCCCGAGCCGCAGCCUUCAAGUGAGUCCGGCGGCUGCGGCUUCAUCCCACAAGAGCUGCUGUACGAACUGGUUGCAGGGAGACCGCAUGCAGACAGAAUCACCUCCAUCCAGGUGAGGAUUUUUGGACCACGCCUCGGCGUUCUGAAAGGCAUGCUGACGCUGAGGAGGAAUAUUCAGAAGAUCCAGCUGCCACCUUCGAUGCGGAAGGUGGGCCCCUCCAAGGUGUGUUCCGAUGAGUUUGUCUAUGUUGUGGUGACGCAGACUUUUCCCUCGUCCACGAGCUUUGAAGUUGCCAAUUGCUUGCUGGGCACAGAGAAGAGGCAAGCCACGCAGAGCUUGCUGAAGCAGCAGGGGCCGAAGCUCUCAGAUAUGGUGCGGCGGUUGCUGCAGGCACUGGGUGUGGGGCAGAACGACAUUUCUGCCUUUGAGAAGGAACGUCCCAGGCAAGAAGCCUUUUUGGUCGGAGGGACGGAUCCAAGCUUUGCCGUUCCGGAAGGCCAGGUCUUCAUUCCUGGCUUGAUAGACCAUGUGCCUUUGAUCGACGGUGUGCCCAGCGUUUUCGUCUCCAGAUGCCCAUGCAUUGAGCCGCAAGAUGGGAAGCUCCUGAGAGUGCUAGCAGAACGCCCCAGCGACAUGAGCUGGGAAGACUGGGAUGCACUUCGGUCGCGGCCGUUUGGGGAAAUCAUCUUCUCCGGCAAGGGCCGGGCUUUACCCGAAUCCAUUGCCGAGGGAGACCUGGACGGGGACCGGUACUAUGUCUGCUGGAACACCUGCGUCGCCUCGUCGGUGUCCCCUUGUCAGGAGGAGCCCGCAGAGACUGUCGAGAAGGGACCGAAAAGCCAGCAGAGCGGCACGGCUAACCCAGCAACGUGGCUGGCGAGAGCUCAAGAGCACAUGCUCAAAUCUGAGACGAUUCAUGAAAAAGAUUUGAUCGGAAGGCUGUACAAAGCUGCAGAGAAGAUCGCAGAUGAGUCCGAGCGUGGGAUUCGUGAUCCGGAUGCUCGGGCACUGUUCAUAGCAUACAGGCAGGCCAUUGACCAAGGGAAGCAUGGAGGAAAGAUCGACAUUCCUGAACAUCUGCUAAAGCGCUUCCGACUGUGA